AGAUAUAAGAGUUAUCUCCCCAUCCUUGCCAGACACACUUUGACCUGUACAAGCCAUGUCUUCCACAUUUACCCCCUCAGAUGCUGUCGACAAAACAAAAGAAAAAGAUUGGGCAUUCAAUCUUGGAAUGCUUGACUGGGAUUCGAACAUUGUAUUCACAAAGCGCACUUUGGUUGAAUUCCUGAAAUACACAGGGACGACGGUUGACCCAAGCUUUUCCAACAUUCAGAAACUUCCCCGUUACGCGCAAUUCGGCAAGUUGUCCCCCUCUGAUCAGCAGGCCACGAAUACCGGAGCACCAGAAGCAACUCAGUUCGACAGUGGCUUCAGUCCAAGUACAAGCCAGAGUCAAAUCACAGGUCAAAGUAUCACACCCGCUGUUUCUCAGCAGUCUGUUGCUGAACAGGGUGGAGUCGUUGGAGAGGAAAACAAGCCAAGCAGACGAGUGAGGACUCAGCCGGGAGGAGCAAGCAGUGUAGGAAACCUUUGGGACAUGGACGAACAAGAACAGUUUAUUCCCACUCGGAGAGUACGUCAACGACCCGGAGGCCAGGAUAAUAUCGAUAGCUUAUUCUAAAACUACCGACUAGUUAGAUAUCCAAUAUAGUUGUGUCUUAUAUUGGUAUUCUAAUAGUGCUUAUCACCACCC